AUGGUCCGCAAUGGCAGUCCGUCGCCGGCGGACAACUUUCCGCUAGGUCAUUCCGCGACAUCCCCCCAACCUCAACCUUCGAAGCGCGACAAACGACGCAACAUGCUCGCCGAGAAGCUUGCAGAGAUGAUGGCCACAUUCUCCGACAAUAGGGACAGCCAUUACAGAGCCCAGCUUGCCGCGCUACAAGCCGACAUCAACCUGAUUAUGAAGGCGGAUCCAUAUGCGAACCAGCCGCUCGAAGACGGCGGCGAAGAGGCCACAGAGCUCAUCUCGCAAAUCAUGGGGAACAAUGUGCCUACCGCACCAAGCGCCGGUACCGAUUACAUUGCGCAAUGUGGAAAACACUAUUCGCGAUUUGUAGAUGCCGUCAAUGAUGCGAUGGAAGAGCGCGACUACAACCUGACAAUGCUCUGGAACAAGCACGAGAACACGAAGAACGAGAUCGAAAACUCGCACUACUACAAAGUCCAAAUCGCCGAAGAAGAGCACAAGCUGCUCGCUGCCACCAUCCGCGAACGACUCGUCGCAAGCAUACAGCAACGGACAAACAGACUGAAGCGAGAGAAGGAGCAACUGGACCUAUCCGACAGCAAUGCGAUGCUCCUCCACCCCAAUCAAUUCAGCAUAGGGCAUCCUGCAAGUCCUGGUGGUCCACAAGCCCCCCGGAAGACUAGGAGAACAGGACACAAAUUUGGCGACGCCGAGGAUAUGGCUGCUGCUACCGAACACAAGCGAAAGCGCAAGCUGUAUGAAGACCAGGACAACGAUUCCCCGGGUCCUUCUGGUCGCCCUACCGAGAUGGGCAUCGGCUCACCCUUCCGCGAAGCCAAAGCGCGCACCAUCAAUGCCCAAUUCGAGUCGUCUGCAUAUUCCCUCGAGCGCUUGUUCAGCGAGAAGGAGCUCAACAUGGCUAUGAACCAAGCCACCAUGGCCGCCUCCCACUUCUUCGCCAAGAUGAAGAACACAGAGGCUGCACCGCAGGAAGCCACAACAAACGGCAACACCAAUGGCACAAACGGCGACCACGCUUCCGAAAACGGCGACGCCAUGGAUCAGGAUCAAGAUUCUGACGACGUGCCCGGCGCGACGGACAUGAUGCGCCAACACUCGUCGAACCCUCACGCUACCCGCGGCGCCACACGCUCAGCACUGAACCCCACGGCAGCCAUAGUCAGCGGACAAAUACCCCCAUUCAUCUACAACCCGCCAUUCGUUCUGGAUGCCAAGAUCUUCCAGAAGAUUAACGCCUCAGCACCGCCACCACCUCCUCUUGGCGCACACGACAUCGAACAAGAUCUGAAGCUGAUGCUUAGGGAAGCACCGCCAGACGACGAUAUCAACGAAAAGCUCCUGCAAGCCGCAUGCAACCCCGUCAAAGCGCGCGACUACCAAGUCCAGCCACCUAACUUCUCGGAGCCAGUCCACGAGAUGACGAGCGCUCUUAGGAGUACAGCGCCUCAUUUAGAGGUGGGCGCAAGCUUAGGUGGUGUUCCGAUGAGCGCGCAGAGCAGCAUGGCGGGGUGGUCAGACGCUGGUGGAAACACACCGCUGGGACGUUACGGCGACAGAGAUUCAUUGGCUGUUGGUGGCCACGGUGGCGGUGUUGCGAUGACACGGACAGCGAGCGGUACAAUCGGCGCACUGUGGAUCCCUGGUGACAAGAAACUAGGUAUUUGCCCCCGGAAAGCGUGCAAGGCAGCUGUUUCUACAUUUUACGAACUUUUCUUUACCUUUGAUACCCCACCACACAUACACAUCGACAUCAUGGCACCCGCGAUUGGUAUCGAUCUUGGAACUACCUACUCCUGUGUAGGUAUCUUCCGUGAUGACCGCAUUGAGAUUAUCGCCAACGACCAGGGUAACCGGACAACACCUUCGUUCGUUGCCUUCACUGACACCGAGCGUCUCAUUGGUGACUCCGCAAAGAACCAAGUCGCCAUGAACCCCGUCAACACCGUCUUCGACGCAAAGCGCCUCAUCGGUCGCAAGUUCGCCGACGCUGAGGUCCAGGCCGACAUGAAGCACUUCCCCUUCAAGGUUAUCGACAAGGGCGGCAAGCCAGUCAUCCAGGUCGAGUUCAAGGGCGAGGAGAAGACUUUCACACCUGAGGAGAUCUCAUCCAUGGUCUUGACCAAGAUGAGGGAGACUGCUGAGUCCUACCUCGGUGGCACCGUUAACAACGCUGUCGUCACUGUUCCCGCAUACUUCAACGACUCGCAACGUCAGGCCACCAAGGAUGCUGGUCUCAUUGCCGGCCUCAACGUCCUCCGUAUCAUCAACGAGCCUACUGCCGCUGCCAUCGCCUACGGUCUUGACAAGAAGACUGAGGGUGAGCGCAACGUCCUCAUCUUCGACUUGGGUGGUGGUACCUUCGAUGUGUCUCUCUUGACUAUCGAGGAGGGUAUCUUCGAGGUCAAGUCCACUGCCGGUGACACUCACUUGGGUGGUGAGGACUUCGACAACCGUCUUGUCAACCACUUCACCAACGAAUUCAAGAGGAAACACAAGAAGGACCUCACCUCCAAUGCUCGUGCUCUCCGUCGUCUCCGAACCGCUUGCGAAAGGGCCAAGCGCACUCUGUCCUCUUCCGCUCAGACCUCCAUCGAGAUCGACUCCUUGUACGAGGGUAUCGACUUCUACACCAGCAUCACCCGUGCUCGUUUCGAAGAGCUCUGCCAGGACCUCUUCCGCUCCACCAUGGAGCCCGUCGAGCGUGUCCUCCGCGAUGCUAAGAUCGACAAGUCCUCCGUCCACGAGAUCGUCUUGGUCGGUGGAUCCACCCGUAUCCCCAAGGUCCAGAAGAUGGUCUCCGACUUCUUCAACGGCAAGGAGCCCAACAAGUCCAUCAACCCCGACGAGGCCGUCGCCUACGGUGCUGCCGUCCAGGCUGCUAUCCUGUCUGGUGACACAUCCUCCAAGUCCACCUCCGAGAUCCUCCUUCUCGACGUCGCGCCGCUUUCCAUCGGUAUUGAGACCGCUGGUGGUGUCAUGACUGCUCUCAUCAAGCGCAACACCACCAUCCCUACCAAGAAGUCCGAGGUCUUCUCGACCUUCAGCGACAACCAGCCCGGUGUGCUCAUCCAGGUCUACGAGGGUGAGCGUGCUCGCACCAAGGACAACAACCUGCUCGGAAAAUUCGAGCUUACCGGCAUCCCACCUGCUCCUCGUGGUGUUCCUCAAAUCGAGGUCACCUUCGAUGUUGACGCCAACGGUAUCAUCAACGUCUCCGCCCUCGAGAAGGGUACCGGAAAGACCAACAAGAUUGUCAUCACCAACGACAAGGGCCGUCUCUCCAAGGAGGAGAUCGAGCGCAUGUUGGCUGAAGCCGAGAAGUACAAGGCUGAGGACGAGGCAGAGGCUGCCCGUAUCUCUGCUAAGAACGCUCUCGAGUCCUACGCUUACUCGCUCCGCAACACUCUCUCCGACUCCAAGGUCGACGAGAAGCUUGAUGCUGGCGACAAGCAGAAGCUCACUGCCGAGAUUGACAAGACCGUUCAGUGGUUGGACGACAACCAGACCGCUACCAAGGACGAGUACGAGUCUCAGCAGAAGGAGCUUGAGGGUGUUGCCAACCCCAUCAUGAUGAAGUUCUACGGAGCUGGUGGUGAGGGUGGCAUGCCCGGCGGUAUGCCCGGUGGCGGCAUGCCCGGUGGCGCCCCCGGUGGUGCCGGCGGUGAUGACGGCCCAACCGUCGAGGAGCAGACCUGGGGCUAUGCAGGCACAGCCCAAUGCAAGAGGGUGUACAUGGUCAAGACACAUCUGGUGGAGCAAAUGGGGCUGAGCUUAGAAGGCAACAGCGUGAGCGAGAUCGACAAUAUCAAUAUCGCUAUCAACGCCAGCUCAGGAAGAAUGCAUCCCCGGAACUCAAGGCUCGGAUGCGCAUCCAUAAUGCGAAACAGAGGCCCAAGACCUUACUCGGUGAGCAAAGGGAUAAAGCAGCUUUCAAACAUUACUGCGACAUCUGCAAAGUCAACUCUCGCAACGCAGCCGAUCAACGAAAGCACUUGUCUGGGGAUACUCAUGAAGCUAUUGUUCAGAUGGGUGGCGCAGAUCACGACGGAUGGUUUAGCUGUCCAACUUGUCCUGGAAAACGCUUUCAAACAUCUAGAGCUUUCGGUCGACAUAUCAAGAGCAAAGCCCAUGUGGGAUCAUGGUUGCUCAAUCUGA